AGAACACGGAAGCGCCGCAUCAGCGGAGUUGAUGGGGAGAAAACACGAAGUGGAUACCCUGUGUGGCGGGAUGAUGACCGUUGUUUUAGAUAGAGAUAGAGAAAUAAACCUUGAUGUUGUUAGAGAUUUAGUAAACCUUGCAGUCUUCUUCCCUUCCUCAAAUAUGCGGGCAGAUUCUUCUUCAAACUCGCGCUCGCGAUACAGAGAGAAAGAGAUGAUUAUAAAGUGCCUAACUAUGAUAUGACUUGACGAGCCUUGUGGUAUCCUGUCUUUUCCCGAGACACUCUUUCCCACUUUAUGGUCUGGGCACUCAAUGAUCCUACGAUCCUUUAGAAGUGUAUAUUUAUUCUGGGCAUAUCAUCAUCAUCGUCAUCCUCUCUAUGGCGGAUGCAAGGGGAUGCAAGGGGCUGCGCAGGAAAUUAAGAUGGCAAACGAAACUGGAGGAAGCAAACUAUUCAUCAGUCAGAGAGGAGAUAGUCUUCAAGGAGGAACGAGAAGAACUAAUGCUACACCCACAGUCGGACCACGCUUUUUUGCUCCUGGCAGUAUGGAACGAAUGAUUCAUUAUACUAUAUGAUGUUGGGCUGAUACUAAACCGAACGAUGCUUACUAUGAAAGUAGAUAAGAUGAAUGAAGUUGGGCUGAUACUAAACCGAACGAUGCUUACUAUGAAAGUAGAUAAGAUGAAUGAAAUUGAACUCACCACUCAUACUUAAGAUGCGGGAGAUUUUUGGAAUUUAUUGCACAUCCACUAAGACAAAAUACAACGUUGACGGGCGUAGUUUUUAGCAUAAAACGUACUCAGUCAAGGAAUAUUGCCUCUGAUACACAGCUGCAACACGGCAGAAGAGCCCACGAUACAAAGGGGCUGCGCCGUGGCUUGCCCUAUGCUGAAGUUGAAUGGUAACUCCGUCAUUUGGCGCAUUACAUUACAAUCUUUUCAAAACAAUUGACAUCUGUUGAUGUCGGUAUAUCAUUCAGGCCAGAAACACAACUCGCGCGAAUGCUUUCUCGUCUCCGCUCUUGCGGAAGUGCGAAGCAUGCAGAGGGACUAGGAGCGGUGAUUUGAUAUUGACCUAAAUCAAGAAUAACAUUUAACAAGAAUUCUAAGAUGAUGAUUCAUUCCUUCGCUGUUUUCUCUUACGGAGACUACGAAGCAACUUCUAUAUUGAUACUCAUGCAAUUAUGCUUGCUCUUCAGACCUAUUACAGCGUCUGUUGCUUAGAAAAGCGAGGAUUUAAAUCGAUCACUUGAUAAUAUCUGAAGACCGAUAAAAAACAUACAGCAGUAUAAGUUGCAAUGGAAAGAGCGCAGGAUGUAUUAUUGAGUAGCUCUCCAUUUACUACGAGGGUUUGAUCGACGACUUCGAAUUGUUUCAAUAAGGCCACCUUUGAUGUUCUCUAUCGUUGGCUUGGUAAACAACAACAACAACGUUAGACUAGACAAGAUCGGUAAGAGAGUCAAGGACUAUGUUCUGUAGCGUGGUUCAAAAUCGUCAUUUGACUGAGAAAACCAAAGUGUUACAUAGAUCGUGUCCGCCGGUUUGCGAACUGGAAAAA